GAGUACUGGUAAACAAAUACGGACUAAACCAGGUCCAUUUAUACCGCGAAUUAACCCUAACCGCCAGCCGCGCCUUUUCCUCUCCUCCCGGUGCCAGCCGCCGUGCGCGCUCUCUUCGCCCUACGGAAGGUGCGGAGGUGCCGAGAUCUUGCUCGAUCUCUUCGGCGGCGAAGAGCGCCAACCAGAUCCGCCCUGUUUGUUGGUGUGGCGCCGGAGCAGGAGUAGGUCGCGGCCACAGAACCCUAGGAGCGACCAUGGCGACUUUCGCGAAGCCUGAGAACGCGCUCAAGAGAGCCGAAGAAUUAAUCCAUGUUGGGCAAAAGCAGGCAGCACUGCAGGCUUUACAUGAUCUCAUUACCUCAAAAAGGUACAGGUCAUGGCAGAAGCCUCUCGAAAAGAUCAUGAUGAAGUAUGUAGAACUCUGUGUUGACCUGAGGAAAGGCAGAUUUGCAAAAGAUGGUCUUAUUCAGUAUAGGAUUGUGUGUCAGCAAGUAAACGUGUCAUCCUUGGAGGAUGUCAUAAAGCACUUUAUGCAGCUUUCCAAUGAGAAAGCUGAACAAGCUAAGAGUCAGGUAGAAGCCCUGGAAGAUGCUCUGGAUGUUGAAGAUCUGGAAGCAGACAAGCGUCCCGAGGACCUCAUGCUCAGUUUUGUUAGUGGGGAGAAAGGAAAGGACCGAUCAGAUAAAGAGGUUGUAACUCCAUGGUUUAAGUUCCUCUGGGAGACAUACAGGACUGUUCUAGAGAUACUGAGGAACAAUUCAAAGCUUGAAGCGUUAUAUGCUAUGGCUGCUCAUAGGGCUUUUCAAUUCUGUAAACAGUAUAAGAGGACAACUGAAUUCCGUAGGUUGUGUGAGAUAAUCAGAAAUCAUCUCGCCAAUCUGAACAAAUAUCGCGAUCAAAGGGAUCGUCCUGAUCUGACUGCACCUGAAAGUUUACAACUAUAUCUUGAUACACGUGUUGAGCAGCUUAAAGUUGCUACAGAGCUUUGCCUUUGGCAGGAAGCCUUCCGAUCCGUGGAAGAUAUCCAUGGUCUGAUGAGCAUGGUGAAGAAAAUGCCAAAACCUUCUAUCUUGGUGGUGUAUUAUGCAAAGCUGACCGAAAUCUUCUGGGUAUCUGAUAGCCACCUUUAUCAUGCGUAUGCGUGGCUCAAGCUUUUCAACCUGCAAAAGAACUACAAUAAAAACUUGUCUCAGAAGGAUCUACAAUUAAUAGCAUCUUCCGUCUUACUUGCUGCACUAUCUGUGGCACCUUAUGACAAAAAAUAUGGUGCAUCUCAUCUUGAGACAGAGAAUGAGAAGGAGCGUAACAUGAGGAUGGCCAACCUUGUUAACUUCUCGCUUGAUUCCAAGCGUGAAAAUAGGGAAAUGCCUUCAAGAGCAUCUCUUCUAUCUGAGUUGGCCUCCAAAGGAGUCCUUUCAUGUGCUUCCCAAGAAGUGCGAGAUUUGUACAACCUUUUGGAACAUGAGUUUCUACCUCUGGACCUUGCAUCAAAAGUGCAGCCACUUCUUUCGAAGAUUUCAAAGAUGGGAGGGAAGCUUUCAUCAGCUUCUUCUGUUCCAGAGGUUAAGUUAUCUCAGUAUAUUUCAGCAUUGGAGAAGCUGACAGCAUUGAGAGUGUUACAACAGGCCUCUUGUAUUUUCCAGUCGAUGAAGAUUGAUAUGCUCUCAAGAAUGAUUCCGUUCUUUGACUUUUUUGUUGUGGAGAAGAUUUCUGUUGUUGCUGUGAGACGCAAUUUUGUUGCUAUAAAAGUUAACCAUUUAUCAGGAGCUGUUCAUUUUGGUACUGUGGACAUAGAAUCUGAUGGCUUAAGUGAUCACCUUAGUGUUGUUGCGGAUUCAUUAAAUAAAGCGAAGAUUCAUAUUUGUCCACCAGUUAAAAAGCCAUCUAAACUCGGUGAAAGUUUUAUUAGUUUGGCUGGAAUAGUGGAGAAUGAGCAUAAGAGGCUUCUUGCAAGGAAGUCCAUAAUUGAAAAACGCAAAGAAGAGCUUGAGCGUCAAAUAUUGGAGAAGGAAAAAGAAGAAGAAAAAAAGAGAAUGAGCAGUCAAAAGAAAACCGCAGAUGAGGAAAGGGUGAGGCUUCUCAAUGAACAGAGACAGAGGGAGCAGGACCGGAUUCGUAGAGAGAUAGAGGAAAAAAAUAAAGCCGAAGCAAAAAAGUUGCUAGAAGACUUGAAGAAGGCAGGGAAAAAACAUGUCGUUGUUGAAGGGGAGCUUACUAAGGAGGCCAUAAUGGAAUUGACACGAAAUGAACAGUUGAAGGAGCGCCACGAAAUGGAGAAAAAACUGCAGAAGUUUGCAAAAACAAUGGAUUAUCUGGAAAGAGCAAAAAGGCAGGAAGAGGCACCACUGAUUGAGCAAGCUUUCCAAAAACGUCUUCAGGAAGAGAAGAUCCUUCACGAGCAAGAGCAGCUUCGGGAGAUUGAACUCAGCAAACAACACCAUGCUGGCGACUUGCAAGAGAAAAACAGACUUUCUCGAAUGUUGGAACACAAGAAUGCUUUGCAGGAGAGAAUUGUCCAACUUCGUGAAGCUGAGUUUGGUCGUCUGAAGAAAGAGAGAGACGAACGGUUCAGUCAGUUGAUAUCAUCGAGAAAGCGUGAAAGGGAGAGAGUGAGGAAGUUGAUGUAUUAUCUGAACCGGGAGGAACAGCGGAUUGAAAUGCUUCGUGAGGAAGAGGAAGCUAGAAAACAUGAAGAGGAAGAGAGGAGGAAGAGAGAAGAGGCUGAAAGGAAAGCUAAUCUUGAUGCUAUUGCUGAAAAGCAGCGAUUGAGAGAGAUAGAGUUGGAGGAGAAGGCAAAGGCGAAUAGGGAGAAGCUCUUAAAGGGGUCUGAGGCAGGUGCUGCUCCCUCUUCUAAUAAAUAUAUUCCCAAAUUUAAAAGGCAAGAUGGUCUUCCUGCACGACAGGAUGCACCCCCACCCCGCCAAGAUGGCCCUCCUCCGUCUACUGACCGCUGGCGUCCAUCAAGAUAUUCCUCAACCUCUUCGUCAACCUGGGGGCGGGCACAUAACUGAUCCUUUUUUUUUUAUUUUGCUGACUACAUUUAUAAUUUUGGAGCUUGUCUCAUAGGCUAUCGCACCUUACCGUUCACUAUACUCCAUGCAUAUUGUCGGUAGUUGCUGACUGCAUUUUAUGAUGUUUUUAUUGGUUCAUAUAUUUGUUCUCAUGUCUUUGGAUGUUGAUGUCUGGCACGAGUUCCGUUUUGCAGUUGGGUUGUGAUACGGUUUGGUUGUCUAACUAUAAAGUCGUCAAUUAUCGUA